AUGUAAAAAUCCUAACUGAUUAGAGUUUUAAGCGAUUCUAACAAAUGCCCUACACCAUUUUAGAUGUCAAGAUAGUUAAGUUAAGAAACUCCAACUGGAUUAAUACAAUGUUUAUCUAAUGAUAGAGAUAAUGUGAGAAUGACUAGAUAAAUAAAUUAGUUAAAAAAAGAAAAUGAAAUACUUUAAAUAAAAAUAAAACAAUUAGAAUAAUAGGAUUAUAAAACAAAAAUAGCAAGUCUUGAACAAAAGAACAAAUAAUUAGAACAAUAAUUAGAUGCUUACAAAAAAUUGCCAAUUGAUCAAAUAACAUCUUUAAUAGAUGAUAAUGAACGAUUGACAAAUAUGGUAGAGAAUCAAUCUAAUAAAAUAAAGCAAUUAUUAACAUAGAUAGAUGAGUUAAAAGAAACUUCGUUUUAAAAUGAAGGAAAGAAUGAUCUAAUCAUAGCUAUGAUUUAAGUAUAAAUUGAAUGUAUAAAAAAAGGAAUUAGAAAAUUAAAGACUAUACGUAUCGGAUGAAUAUAAAAGAUAGAAAGCUUUAAAUAGAGAGAAAUAAAUAAUGUAUACAGAAUUAUAAAUGGCAAAAUAAUAGAUAAAAGAACUUAAUCAAGUGAUAGAAAAGAUUAAAUUAUAAAACUUAGAAGGUAGUGAACCUUGUGAUGUAUUACACUAAGAUUACUUAAAAAGUCAUGACGCAGUAUUAAAUUUCUUAAAACAAUAAUAUUGA